CUCUUGUUCAGUAUCUCCACACAGGAAGACCACAGGCUGAAUCUGAGAAAGAAGAAUUAUCUGCAUUAUCUCCGCCACCAAGAUGCUGACUGUGUCUCUGCUCGUUUGUGCCAUGAUGGCUCUGGCUACAGCUGAUGACGCAGAUGUCGCUUCCAGCAACUCUACCAGCAACGUUUCCAACAACUCUUCUAGCAACGCAGAUGAUGCUUCCAGCUACGAAGCGGGCCCUGCUUGUCCUGCUUCUUGGAUGAAGUACAAUGAUCGCUGUUUCCUCUACGUUCCUAGAGAACUGGAUUGGUCUGACGCUGAGAAAAACUGCCAGUCCUUUAAAGGAAACCUUGCAUCAGUGCACAGUAUCGAGGAAUAUCACUUCAUUCAGAUGAUAAUCAAACAACAGACUCAUGGUUAUCCAAUGACCUGGAUUGGAGGCCAUGACUCCCCGAAGAACAAUGUUUGGUUCUGGAGUGAUGGCAGACCUUUCUACUUUACAUUCUGGUGUGCAGGGCAACCCAACAAUUCAGGUGGCAAUCAGGGUUGCAUCCGGAUGAAUGCUGGAGAGCACAACUGCUGGGAUGAUUUCAUGUGUUCUGGCAAACUUCCAUCUGUCUGUGCCAGAAACCCAGAAGAAUCUCCUGAGCUGACACAGAGAUAAAUUGUGCCUACCACACACACACACACAAACGUGUGUGACAGUAUGGAUUUAUCUGUGUCAUCAGUCUCAUGUGUAAUCACAUCUUUAAUUCUCUUUUAGGCUGUAACCAAACUUCCUGACUUCCUCUUUGGCUUUUAAUGAGAGAAGAAUGAAUAUGUUGUGAAAAGAACACUUUUGGCACAAACUAAUCUUUGAUGCACUUUGAAAUAAAACUCUGGAGCAUUGAAAG